CCCACAGAUUGAGGCGGAGGUGGGUCGGCUAGACCCGCUCAGACGGUGAAGGAGCUGGAUACCGACCGGGACGGAGCCGACAGACCCAGGUAAGUGGACGCGAGCCUAAGCGCUCUCCUGAAGACGACCCGAAGGGGGUGGGCUUGUCAGACCGCAGAUCGGGGUGUUGGGAGGUAUUGCAUCACCUGGCAGGCGCGACCAUAGACUGACCGGCGCAGUGCACCUGAUGGUGAGGGAUGCGAAAGCUAUGGAGCCGGGUGUCUAUGGGGGCGGUACUCUAGGGACCUGAGGUGGGUUCUGGUGCGCAGAACAGCCUCUAGCGGGUGCCGUUUUUUUUAGGUCGAUAAGCUCCCUUCCCUAUGAGGUCUGGGAACAGCCCAGAAAUGCAGGCUGAGGGGAAGGUGUAAACUCGGUUAUUCACUCUGAACCCAUGGGAAGAAAGGCAGUGUAGGGUCAGGAGCUCUGCGUGGGCUAACGGUCUAGAUUUUUAAUGUGGGUGGAAGAGCAAGGUUUUUUUUUUUUUCUUUCUUGUUUUUGUUGAGAACGGAAAAACAAAAACAACAAAACAAAACAAAAACCGUGUUACUCUGUUUAGAAUGCCCCAGUAUCCCAGUCCCUUUCCUAAUCCUUAGACUCUGAUUUCAGACUCCCUCGCUCUGCUUUUCAAUUGCAGGUUCUGAUCUUUGGUACUACAGAAGCUGCUCUUCAGCACCCCCCCACCCACCACCCACCCCCGCUCCUGGACCUAUGGAUUCUCCAUCUAGCAUUUCUUCUUAUUCCUCCUCCUCCUCUCUCUCCCCAUCAUUUUCCACGUCCCCUGUGAACAGUGACUUUAGCUUCCCUUCUGAUCAUGAGAGAGAGGGCAAGGGCACCGGUGAGCUCAGGCCAGACACUGUGGGUCAGAGAGGAGGUUCCAGGCCGAGUCCAGGCCCUAUCCGCUGCAGACAUCGACCCAGGGUUUCUAGUAACCAACAUACAGCAUCUCAUCUGGAACAGCAAGGAUCUGAAGUCAAAAGAUCAAGAGAUGGUGAAUUGGAGACAAGUCCAAACACGCAGGGAAGUACUACAGAGGGAGACCUGCUCUUUGCUCAAAAGUGCAAAGAACUCCAAGGGUUCAUACGUCCUCUCACAGACCUACUGAAUGGACUAAAAAUGGGCCGCUUUGACAGAGGAUUAAGUAGCUUCCAACAGAGUGUGGCCAUGGACCGGAUCCAGCGUAUAGUGGGUGUUUUACAGAAGCCUCAGAUGGGAGAGCGUUAUCUAGGAACCUUGCUGCAGGUGGAAGGGAUGUUAAAGACUUGGUUUCCUAAUAUAGCUGCCCAGAGAUCAUCCUCGGGAGGCAGCAGGCAUCAGAUAAGCAAGCACUUUUCUAGCCACCACCGUGAUUUGGGUGCUUCUUCUCCUGCACCUCUCAUAGAGAAGAUGGGCCAAACACAGCUGGGACAUUUAGUUUUGAAACCAAAGCAGCCUUGGCAUCUCACAGGAUGGCCGGCUAUGAACCUCACCUGGAUUCAUAACACUCCAAUUUGCAACCCUCCCCUCAGCUCCCAAGGCUCCAACUCUGGCCACAGUCCCAUGGGCACUGGAGCCAGCAUUGGCGUCAUCCUUGUCCUCCAGAAAGGAGGACAUUCCUUCACCCAUUCUGCCCCAGGCACUCCGAUCCCACCAACUACACUGUCUCCUGUCAUUCCUGGUGAUCUGAAGAAACUGUCUGGAGAGGAGCCUCGCUGCCACAGUUUGCCAGUAACACUGCCAUCAGACUGGAGUUGCAUCCUUUGCCCGACUGUCCUACCUACCACAGACAGAGAGAUGACUAAAGGACUCCCAGAGCCACAGGUGAUUAGCCAUUCUCCAGUUGCUUCUGAUCUUCAGCCCUAACUCAGGCUUUGCAACUGUCCCGAUUCCCAAUUUGUAUAAAUAUAUGUUUAUGUACAUUUUUUUUUUUUUUACUUUUAAUGUAUUUGUGGUGAGGAAAAAUAAAUUCUUUCUGAUUAAAGACUUUUUUU